GUUUGAUACGCGGCCCAGACGUGCCGACACUUCCAAGUCUAUCGCUACCCUACAUUUCAACUGCCGUACUCUGGCUUGUGGUUCAGUGACGUUUUGGCCUUGUUCAUUAUUCUCCUGAGCUGAGAUGGAUGGGUACACAGCCUGACAAUCAAUCACGCAAGCUCAUGCUUGAUGAGACAGCGCGUGACGAAACUCUGUCACAAGUUCUCCCUAAACCUUGAUAGCGCACGAUUUCCUUCUCCUACACAUUUGCUUCUUUGAACCAUCACCUUACGUAUUCUCGUGUAUGAAAGUGACCAUGGGUGCUCAGCCAUCAAAGCCAACACUUCACGAGAAGGCUGUCAUGGAGCGCCUCCGUAGUCUCCAACUCCAGGAGGAUGACGAAUACGUCGAAAUUAGCAGCGACGCUGAGAAGGGUACGGUCGGACCCUUGACUCGCGAGGCUCAAGGUCUAUCUGUCCAUGUCCUCGAGUCCUGGCAGUCUGCUAUCCUCAAAGAUCCCAAGAACAAACUCGCACUCACGGCACUGAGCUCAGCAAACCCGAGACAGGUGCUCACUUCACUGUCGACCGAAAUCGCAGACCAGCAGAUCUAUAAUGUCAAGAUCCCAUUCGAGGGAGAUCCGAUUACGAACCAGCGUUCAAGCGGCCGCUGCUGGUUGUUUGCCUCCACAAACGUGUUCCGAGUUGCCAUCAUGAAGCGAUAUAAUCUCGAGAGCUUUGAGCUCUCACAGCAGUAUCUCUUCUUCUGGGAUAAGCUUGAAAAAGCGAACUGGUUUUUGGAACAGAUCAUCGAUACCGCAGGAGAGGAUCUCGAAGGACGUCUCGUUCAAACCUUGCUGGGCGACAUCGUUUCUGAUGGUGGUCAGUGGGACAUGGUCUAUAACCUUGUCGAGAAGUAUGGUCUAGUGCCACAGACCCUCUACCCUGAUACAUGGAAUGCCCAGAGCACGGGUAUUCUUAAUAGUGUUAUCAAGACCAAGCUUCGUGAAUUCGCACUCAAGCUACGGGGCCUGAUUAACUCUAAGAACGGUGUCUCAGCUACCACACUCUCGUCGGCGAAAGACAAAAUGCUUCGUGAGAUCUCUCUCAUCAUGACUCUUCUCCUUGGGCCACCACCAAGCUCCGAGGAAACCUUCACUUGGCAGUACAACGACAAGAAUGGCAAGUCACAUCAGCUCAAGACUACCCCUAAAGAGUUCGCCAAGAACAUAUAUAGCUCCGAUUUCCGCAUCACUUCUAGCACCAUCGAGAGUAUGAUCUCACUUGUGGACGAUCCUCGGCACGAGCCGCUCUCUCUCCUCUCUGUUUCACGACUUGGUAACAUCGUGGGUGGACGUGGCGUGAGUUACGUGAACGUUGAUAUCGAUACCCUCAAGGGAACAUGCAUAAAGAUGCUCAAGGCUGGUCUGCCUAUCUUCUUCGGUAGCGACGUGGGUAAGUUCUCCGACUCCAAGUCGGGCAUUAUGGAUCUCGACCUCAUCGACUACGAACUUGGCUUCAACACUAGCUUGCUAGGCAUGAGCAAAGCACAGCGAUUGACAACACAGGAGAGUCAGAUGACCCACGCUAUGGUGUUGACUGCAGUUCAUCUGGACGAGGAGACGGGCAAGCCUGUCCGUUGGAGAGUGCAGAACAGUUGGGGCACUGCGGCUGGUGACAAAGGAUGGUUUGUUAUGAGUGAUGCUUGGCUCGACGAGUUUGUUUAUCAGGCUGUUGUAGACCCUCGCUUCUGCAGCAAGGAGGUUCGCGAUGUGCUCAAGAAGGAAGCGAUUAUCCUCCCACCAUGGGAUCCUAUGGGCGCCCUGGCCUGAGUGAGCGUUCUUGUUACGGAUGCGAAGGUAUUGCUAUGAGACGACAUUGAGACUCCUUUUUGUAUCAGACCGAUGCUUGCCGAGAGAAUGAACAUAGUUUAACCACCCCCCCUAACGACCGUAGCACAACCGUGCUCCGUGAAACCUGCUAUGGAAUCAUUCGUGGGUCGGUUACCAGGUCCUAAAGUGAUGGUAUAUUCAAGUAAAGACAAACUAUAUUACCUGACAAGAUGGCCAUGGGAGUAUUAGGGAAAAUAGUACGAUGAUGCUUCUCUUGCAAUCCAGUGCCGGCUUCUAGCGAGGACCUGGGUAACUUCAUGUGGUUUCAUCUUGCCUGCUAUUUGAAUAUGCCCACGACCUCAUUUUGACGACAUGGGAACAGAUGCGGUCCCCUCCCAAGUCAUGCUCAUAAUGUACGUUAACUCGAUGCAAUAGUAGCAUCAAUCUCUGCACUUUUUUUUUUUUCAUAUGUCGCGAUCCUCUUUUGUGGUAUACAUGAAAGGCGAUGAGGACUUAGCAUCUGGUCACCAGAUCUCUACCCCCGUCCAUUAGAUCUCUUUGGAGGUACAACUACUGCACAAAUAAUUCGUGCUGAACCAUAGACAAGGAAUGAUGGAGUCCUUGCAUGGACACAUCUACUCCGACACCGAGCGACAUGUUGGAAGAGCGUCACAUCUGAUCCAUGUGCAUUGCCGUAGCGGCUACGGAUGUACUUGUUCUCAGCCAAAUGGUUAUGGCUAAAGCUGUAACAUUUAAGCUUACGUUUCGCGUAUCGCUCGAGUCCUUUCCCAAACCGAAAAUAAUCUAAGGCAUACCCUUUCAUGCACUGGCUACCUUUGCCCUUGCAUUGUGGCAGACGGGUUUUCAUGUUCCACGGCCACGUGAGGUGCCGGCAUCUUUUUUAUGGCACCUUGAUCGCAAUCUAAGCCAGCAGUUGGAGUGUGACUGAGGUCAGAACUCAUGCUUGCUUGUGGUCUCUCCAUGAGAAGACUGCCAGUCAUAUCACGCGCAACUCGAUUUCUCCCGGGGAUUCUGCAGUUGCUUCGCAGGUUGUGUCUCUUCAAAAGCAGUCUCCAUCUGUGGUUGGCUUCUUUUCAGUACGAGAAGCCUCGUUUCGAGAUGGUCUGGCAGGCAUUGGAGAGUACAUAGCGUUGGGAAAGCUAAUAGUCUCGGGAAAGUUCUGGGCUUCAGGAGGCACGUUAGUUUCAGGAAAGGUCUUCUUUCGAGAAGGCUCGUGGAUUACACAAACGCCUUCUUCCUCCAAGGCGUUUUCUUGAACACGUCCACCUUUCCUAGACCCUUUCCUCCCAUAUAGUCUUGUUUUAGUUAAGUGAUUGUUCUCGGCAGUAUUCGAGUUCCAAAAAUAGACUGUGUUUAGAUGGGCCCUGACGUGUCUGUCCGAUGGAAGAAACUACCUAUCGUAGGUAACUCCUUUGGAGCUCAGGUGGUUCGGUUCUGCUGUACUAUGAACUUGAACGGCUGCGAUGCAGAUAUAUUGUGUUGGUGGCAGGACCCCUCUACCGUUGCACCAUUAGGAGUGAGGAAACCCAUCGGCCAUCAGGAAAGCUCUGAGGUCCUGGGUUGGAAAUCGAGUUUCUGACUAGUGCAAACAUUGAUCAGCCAGAUGAAUGGUCUCGUAGUUCUCGAUUACUCAUACUCGAAGGUACAAUACUCUUAACAUAGCUGUUAAGCUAUGGCUCCCGGUUUGCUAGUACUCUUAAAAAGGAGGGCACCAAGAAAAUGCACUGAGUUGAUAACUUGGAUGCUGAUAGGAGGUAUAUCAAGCUUUUCUUAUGAAAGGCUCCACCGACCUAACAACUCUCUCAGGUACUGGGACUAGCAGCUGAUGAUUUCGACAGUGACAGAUAACUAAAUUAAUGUUUUUCGCAUUGACUUUGUGCGGCCCUGCGGCAAACUUGUCAUUCGAUGUUUUGGCAACAUAGACACUACAUCUAUAAUAGACAGCAUAUUCCGGUUCGCUGAUGGCUAGGCCUGUCUGCAAUCUGCAGCAAUUGAUAGAUCAGCGCUUCUGUCAUCACUAUUAGAGGCUUGCUUUUGUGUUAAAAUAUCGGGGUAUGCGUCUAACGAAGCUGGAGAACUUGGAAAGGUAGUUAUGACUUGGCAUACAGCGCUAGGUACUGGUUAAAUGAUUAACAUGGUUAAGAGUAUGCACCUACGGAAAUUAACGGAAUUUCAUAAAGAUUGACCACCUUGAUGCGGUACUAACAUUGGUAGGGCUGUGUGUAGAUGAGUCAGCCAAAUAGAAUUUUUCUUUUUUUCUUUUUUAGUUAUACAUUACUCGCUUCGCCUGGAUGCUUG